UCCGAUUGCGCACAACUUCCUUGAUGCACAUUAUUGCAAAUUAAAAAAGCACUUUUGCUAUAAAAAUUUACAUCACACAGAUAAAUAUAAGGACUGUUAAAAUAGCAAUGUUUCUGUUAUAUUUGAAGCUUGCCUAUCCUUGUUCACAUUCAAAUGCAAAAUGAUCAAAUUAUCAUUUUUAUGCAUGAAGACAACUUUUUGUUUAAGACUAAACCAAUUAGUAACUAAUUACUAAAAGUUACAUAAUUUCAACAAGCAUUUUUUUUUUUAUUUUUUUUACAAAAAUUGACAAUUUUGGCCAGUUAUUAAAGCUACUAUAUAUGGACUGUAAAAGUAGCUAUUUAAGCUUUGUUAUUUUUGAAGCUUUACAGUUCUUAUUAAAAUCCAAAAUGCAAUUGAAAGUGAAUAAAUGACAGAAUAGUAAAUUUUAUGCAUGACAACUUCUACUUGUUUAAAACUGAACCAAUUAAUAACUAAUUCCCACAUUCCUGAUCUCAUUGUGCACAAUUUCUUCAAUCCAUAUUAUUCCAAAUUUAAAAAGCAUUUCUGCAAACAAAUGUAAAAUGAUUUCCUGUUAUUUAUACAAGGCUACUAUAUAUGGACUGUAAAGUACUUUUCAUUUUGUUGAUGUUGUUAAUUUUGAAGCUUGACCUUUCACAAUCAAAAUGCAAGUAAAAGAACUAACCUAAUUAUAAAAGAAUUAGCAAGCAUACAUUUAUAAAUUCGAGCAACUAACUCCCCACUGCCUGUAUGAAAGGCUUUCAGGACCAAUAAAUCCGCUUUAGUCGACAGUAAACCUGAAACCAUAUAAUAUAUUAAACCAGUUCAGCUGAAUACAACAGGUUACAGAACUGGUUCGACGUGCUAAAAAUGAAAAGCCAUGCUUGAUGACAAUACGAUUAGGAAAAGAGGUACAAAUUACCGCAAGGGCUGGGUCGACCGUUUUUCACCUCUCCACGCUCCUCCUCAUGUCCUCUCAUAGGGAGGGUUACUGAGCAGCCAAACCCAGUCGCGGGAGGACCGUUCUCACACAGCGUCAUCAUAACAACAACAACAGGCUGACACCCAGAGCACUUUCACUCUCUCACAGAAACAGAUGCACUGAUAGCAAGCGCUCCGCAGCGGUUUCUGCUCACAGAGGAGCGUUUUAGAAAGAGGUCAUGUGGAUGUAAGCGCGUUUGUGAAUGUUUAAUCCCAUUUUCUAUUUAAGGAGAGGAAACGGCUUGAGCUGAAAGGAGGUCUGUAGCUGCUUUUCAGAUGCUGGACUAUUAUGGUCCAGCUUGAGAACACCAAGUGCAGUUUUCUCUUCUGCCUUGGAGUCUGCAUCCUAAUAUGUUCUGCCAUCUACCUGAAAGCCAAGAUACCAAACACCCCAGUUCCUUCAACGGAAUUGAGCAGACAAACCACGCCAGCUCCCAAAAGCUGUGACAUACUACCACCUGCAACUCCCGGGUUUACAUGGCAGCGAAAAGACUGUAAGAAAAUCAGCUAUGAGACCAAACAGGACGCAAACUGCACCCUUUUGCAGUCAGAUCUGCACUUUAUCAUGGCGCCACUGAGCAAAGAAGAAGAAGACUUCCCUUUGGCUUUCAUAAUCACCAUCCACAAAGAGCUGGAAACAUUUGUGCGGCUACUGAGAGCCAUUUAUGCGCCACAGAAUGUGUACUGCAUCCACAUAGACGCUAAAGCACCGGAAGAAUACAAGACGAGCGUCCGAAACCUAGCUGGGUGCUUCCCAAAUGUCUUUGUGGCAUCCAUUAACGAAAAAGUGACUUACGCUGGCUUCUCCCGUCUGCAGGCUGAUAUCAACUGCAUGAAUGACUUGGUUAAGUCUCCAACAAAAUGGAAAAGAGUUAUAAAUCUGUGCGGCCAGGACUUCCCAAUCCAGACCAACCUGGAGCUAGUCCGAUACAUGCAAGGACCCGAAUGGAAAGACAGGAACAUGACGCCAGGAAUCAAGCAGCCACCCACUAUGAAGCACAGGACUGAGUUUCAGUACGAGGAGGUAAAAGGCACCCAUGUUGCACCAAAAGGCAAGGGUCAAAAGAAGGAUCCGCCUCCUCACAACCUGACAAUGUACUUCGGGACUGCCUAUUACUCCUUAACAAGACCGUUUGUGGAGUUUGUCCUCAACGACAAGGUGCCUAAAGACUUGCUGGAGUGGUCUAGAGACACCUUCAGCCCUGAUGAGCAUUACUGGGUGACGCUGAACCACAUGAAAGAAGCACCUGGCAGUUACGUAGAAGGCGAAUGGGAAGGUAACGUCCGUGCAAUCAAAUGGAGGGACCAAGAAGGUACAGCACACCAGGGCUGUAAAGGACAAUACAUCAGGGAUAUCUGCGUUUACGGGAUUGGUGACUUACCGUGGCUUAUUGAAAGAGAGAGCAUGUUUGCGAAUAAAUUUGAGACCGCAAACUUCCCAGAAGCCCUAGAUUGUCUAGAACUGUGGCACCGACAUAAAAUUCUCAAGCAGGCUACGGUUCCCGUUCAACCAUCAUGGCGUCUCACCACAGAGGUUGAAGUCAUCAACAGCACACUCAUUUUAAAACCAGGGGACUGUUUUUGAGCAAACACCAACAAAAACCUAACUGGAACAUUUUCUGCUUUACGGUGCAAAUGCGGUCACUGUGGUCAAUGUGCGUCAAUAUGCACGCCCCAUGGCAAUGCAGCUCGUGAUGUGUAUACAUGUUGAAAACGUGAUGAGUAAUAUAACUGUUGUGCUGUUAAAAGUAAUAGUCAUUUAUAUUUAUUUUUAUUUAUUAACUGUUGCAUAAUGCACUGUUUAAAGUGGAUAAAUAAUAAAGAAAGGUAUAAAAAUCCGAGGCGAAAUCCAACAAACACUUAUUACAAUCAAAGGACAUUAUACUGUGAUAUAUACGGUAACUGAGUAAAAAGUUUGAAAAUACUGUAAUUUUUGACUUACAAAGCCAAUCAUUAGUCAAGAGAUUAGUGAGCAUCAUUACGGCAUGCCACUGUAAUACUUUCAUACUGUAAGGCGCAUUUUACUAAUUAUGUACACAUUAACAUCUGCUCAAGUCAAUUUGGUUUUCAACAUGGAUUUCAGCGUUGUUUAUAUUGUUCAAUCUUUGUGCUUCA